UUGAUCAUUUGUUUUUCUCUUCCAGUUUACUAAAAAAUAUGGGGAUAUUUACAGCACGGAUGUGGCUGGCAAGAGCUACAUUGCCAUCAACAAUUUUGAGAUGAUAAAGGAGGUGCUGGUAAAGCAUGGGGAAAACUUCCUAGAUCGACCAGAAGUCCCUUUUGCUGCUGAACUCUUUAGCCAGCACGGGCUGAUCUCCUCUAAUGGACAUAUAUGGAAACAGCAGAGAAGAUUUGCCCUGACCACGCUCAGAAACUUUGGCCUGGGCAAGAAGAGCUUGGGGGAGAAGAUCCAGGAGGAGUGCCGAUACCUCACGGACGCCAUUGGGGAAGAGCAGGGACAUCCUUUCGACCCCCACUUUAAGAUCAAUAACGCUGUCUCCAACAUCAUCUGCUCCCUCACCUUUGGAGAACGAUUUGAGUACCACAACGAGCGCUUCCAAGAGCUGUUGCAUCUGCUGGACAAGGUGUUGGUGCUGCACAGUCACCCUGUUACACAGCUCUGCAACAAUUUCCCAAGAAUCAUGAAAUACAUCCCUGGGCCCCAUCAAGCCAUUCCUGAAAUCGGGAAGCAGCUGAAAAAUUUUAUUCGUGACAUAAUUGCUAAGCACAAGGAGGNACCAGAAGUCCCUCUUGAAACUGAACUCUUUAGCCAACGCGGGCUGAUCUCCUCUAAUGGGCAUUUAUGGAAACAGCAGAGAAGAUUUGCCCUGACCACGCUCAGAAACUUUGGCCUGGGCAAGAAGAGCUUGGGGGAGCGGAUCCAGGAGGAGUGCCGGUACCUCACGGAYGCCAUCGGGGAAGAGCAGGGACAUCCUUUUGACCCUCACUUUAAGAUCAAUAACGCCGUCUCCAACAUCAUCUGCUCCAUCACCUUUGGAGAACGAUUUGAAUAUCACAAUGAGCGCUUCCAAGAGCUGUUGCAUCUGCUGGACAAGGUGUUGGUGCUUCACAGCCACCCGAUGAGCCAGCUCUACAGCUUUUUCCCAAGAAUCAUGAAAUACAUCCCUGGGCCCCAUCACACCGUUCUUGAAAUCUGGAAGCAGCUGAAAAAUUUUAUGCUCAACAUAAUUGCUAAGCACAAGGAGGACUGGCAGCCCACUGAAAGCCGGGACUUCAUUGACAGCUACCUGCAGGAGAUAGCAAAGGUCRGUCACACAACCAACCCGCUCAGUCACCACGUAGCCAACCACAAGGACAACGUAAUAGGAAAUAUGGCCUUUUUCUCUCAGGGCACCAUUCUGAUACCUAACAUGACCUCAGUGCUCMUGGAUAAGAAGGAGUGGGAAACCCCUGACACUUUUAACCCUGAGCACUUCCUGAAGGACGGCCAGUUCUACAAGAGAGAGGCCUUCAUACCAUUCUCCCUAGGGAAGCGCGCCUGCCUGGGUGAGCUGCUGGUCCGUGCCGAGCUCUUCCUCUUCUUCACGGCCCUGCUGCAGAAGUUCACCUUCCGGAUGCCGCAGGAUGCCGUGCCCAACCUCCGCUACCGCCUGGCAGUUACGAGGCAACCCUGGCCCUACCGCAUCUGUGCCCUGCCGCGCUAGCUAGCGGGGCCCCCAAACAUCCGUGGGGUGGAGCAAGCAGGGCCAGGGAGAAGAUAUCCCCUCCACGACGACAGAACAAUACUUCCUUUUACAAAGUGAACUUCAGAUCUCUGUCUGCCCACCAUAAUUCAGCAAUGCAGAGGUUUCGAGCAGCAGGUUGAAUAUCCCUACUCAUUCGCUUGGGAAAUAUUUCUGGUUUUUUUUGACUGCAUACAAAUGGAGCUUUCUUAAUUUGAUUUUGUCUAGUUACCGUUCGUAGCAGAGUAUAACUUAGGAGUGCUUUGCCGACCUAUUUGCACAGGUCCAUUCAGUUGAAGAGCGGCACCAGUCCUGGUCUCUGCUUUUACCAUGCUCUGAUUUGAGCAUUGGUAGUAAUUGCCAAAUGUUGUGCCUGUGCUACCCUUGACAAAUUAUCUAUCUAUGUCUCUAUGCAUGAAAAGAUUGACUCUAACAUCUCUGCCUCU